AGGGCCAGGAAGGGGAACCGCCGCCUGCCAGCCCCGCCGAAGAGAAGCUCAACAACUUUCUUUUGUGCGUGGCCGCUGGCUCCCCGGCCCUUCCCGGCUUGCCAGCGCUCAUGGCGGAUUAACCCCAGCGAGCCGACGACGGCCGCGCGGCCCCGGUCUGUGCAGGAACCUGAUAGGCUGGCCACAAUGUCACUCCAUGGUGAAAGAGUUGCUGCUCUCCUGGCUUGGGUGAACAGCACCAAGGUUUGUCCUGAUCCCAUCAAUGAUCUGUCCCAGCUCCAGGACUGCAGUGUCUUCAUCAGAAUUAUCCACAAAAUCCACGGGAGCAAGGAGGGGGAGUCUGUGCUGGAGCAGCCGCUGCCAGAGAGGAUCUCCUUCAUCCAUGGUUUCCUGCAGAAGCACUGCCGGCACAAAGUGGCUGCAGAAAACCUUGUCUCUGCACAGAAACUCCUGGAUGGAGAGGAGCUGGCCCUGGCCAAGGUUGCCGUGCUGCUCCUGUAUCACACCUCCAUGAGUUCCAAGGAUUCUGGGGACUGGAAUGAACUUGACUACAAGACCCAGGUUGAACUGGCAUCAAUUGUCAAAUUUGUGCUGGAUAACGAGGAGUGCCUGAAUGAGAAUUUGGAGCCAUUUCUGCAGAGGAAAGAGGCGCCCUUGUCCAGUGUGUCCAGCAGCAGCUCUGAGGAACAUUCCCCACCGUUCUCUCUCCCUUACAAGAGAGAGGUGCAUUUCCUGGAGCUGCAGAAGAUCGCCUCCUUCCCCAGCACCAACCUCCCCAGCACUCCAUCUUCGCCUAUGGGGGACAUCAUGCAGACCCCCCAGUUCCAGCUGCGGAGGCUCAAGGUGCAGCUGGCCUUUGAGAGAAAGAAACAGGAAGAGCUGGAGGGGGAGGUGGUGGAGAAUCACAAGCUCAUCAUGGAGAAGGAUGCUCAGAUCACCAAGAUGCAGCAGCAGAUUGAUCGCUUGGUAAAGCUCAAUGAGAAACAAGCUGAAGACCUGCUGGAGCCCAAAGAAAUGGAGGAGCUGAGGGAGAAGAAUGAGAGCUUGGUGGGGCGCCUGCACGAGGCCUUCAGGCAGUGCCAGGACCUGAAGACUGAAAAAGCCCAGAUGGACCGGAAAAUCAACCAGCUCUCCGAGGAGAAUGGGGAUCUUUCCUUCAAGCUGCGGGAGAUCGCCAGCAAUAUGGUCCAGCUGCAACGAGCCCUGAAUGAGCUCUCAGAGGAGCACAACAGUGCCAUGGCACAGUCGCAGGAAAAGCAGCGGCAGCUGGAGAAGGACCUGCAUGCAGCUAUGCAGGAUAAGAAAUGCUCAGAAGAGAAAAUCGAGAUUCUACAGGGAAAGAUUUCGAUGCUGGAAGAGCAGUUGGCCAAGCUGGAGGAAUGCAGCACCCAGGAGAAGGGAGAAGUCAUGGGAGACAUUUUGAAGCUGGAGGAGCUGAAGCAGGAGGUGUCCAGCCUCACGGCCAAAGGACUGCAGCUGGAGGAGGCGAAGCAGCAGCUGGAGGAGGCGAAGCAGCAGCUGGAGAAGGAGAAGCAGCAGCUGGACAGCCUUGUCACCAGCCUCCAGAGCUCCCUCUCUGAGAGCCAGCGGGCCCAGGAGAGGCUGAAGCGGGACCUGCAGGCACGGGCUGCCGAGGAGCAGGCUGAGCGGCUGGCUGCCCUGAGCGCCCAGCAUGAGCAGGCCCUGCGGGAAAGGGACUCUGCCCUGCAGCAGCUCCAGCAGGCCAACACAUCCCUCAGCAGCCAGCUGCAGGCCAGGGAUGAGGAGAAGGCUAUACUGAGCCGCAAGGUGGGCGAACUGGAAGCCCAGAUCCUGGAGCUGGGUGCCCAACGGCAGCAGGGAGUGGCAGCAGAGGCACUGAAAGCCCAGCUGCAGGAGCUGGAGGGCAGGCUGAAGGAGAGCCAGCAGAGGCUGGCUGAGAGGGACAGGCUGGCCCGGGAGAACAGCCGCCUGCAGGAGCAGCUGCUCUUCCUGGAGGAAUCGCUGCGGAACACUGAGGGAAUAUUGGAGGACGAGAAGAGACGGGCAGCUGAGUGCCUGGAAGGCAACCUGGCCAGGAUCGCUGAGCUGGAGGCAGAGAGACAGCAGCUGGUUCAGGGCCGGGAGCCAGCCCUGCCGGAGCAGGGUGAGGAGCUGGCCACACGCCAGGUGUCACAGGAGAGCCGGGAGCAGCCCGUGGGAGCCUCUCCUGCUGCCCGAGGGGAGGAUGAAGAGUGCAGGCGGCUGAAGGAGGAAAUGCAGGCGCUGAGCCGGGAGCACAGCCGGACCUGUCAGCAGCUGCAGGCUGAGCAGGAGAAGGUGGCUGUGCUGGAGGCCCAGGCAGAGCGGCUGGCUGGCCUCCAGGCUGACUUGUCCAGCGCUCAGUCAUGGGCAAAGGAGAAGGAGAAAGAGGAGCAGAAGCUGAGGGCCGAGAUGUCAUCCCUUCAGGAGAAGAUGGCUGUGGCAGAGCAAGCAGCAGCCCAGCGUGUGGCCAAGCUGGAGGCAGAUGCCCAGAGAGCUGCUGAGGCACUGGAGGGAGUCUCCCAGCAGCUGUCCCAGGAGAAGCUCAAGUCCAAGGAGUUGGAAGGCACCAUGGAUCAGCUGCGGAUUGCAGAGAAGGAGCUGGUGUCCCUCCGCUCUGCCGUGCAAGAGAAGGAGAGCUGGAAAGAACAAGUGUCCCAGUGUGUCCAGGAGAUGGAGAGGAAGAACACCCUGAUCAGCAGCCUGGAGCAGGAGGUCUCCAUCCUCCAUCACCAGGUGAAAGAGAAGGAAGGGGAGAGCAAGGAGCUGAAACGCCUGAUCCUGGCUGAGUCGGAGAAGAGCAAGAAGCUGGAGGAGAGGCUGCGGGUGCUGCAGACAGAGAUGGCCACCGCAGCCUCCCGUGCAGCCGAGAGGUGCUCACUGAUGAAGGUGGAGGUGCAGCGGUGCCAGGACGAGAUGGAGAAGCAGCGGAUGACCAUUGAGGCACUGAAGAGGGACCGCCACAGCCAGAGCGAGCGGGAGGAUGAGCUGAGGCAGGAGGCAAAGGUCUGCCAGGACAAGUGCCUGCAGAAGGAGCAGCUCCUGGCCGCUCUGCAGCAGGAGCUCGACAGUGCUCGGGCCAGACAUGCCUCCCUAGAAAGCCAGCAGCGCCAGGACCUGGAGCAGAGAGCAAAAGCCGUGUCCACGCUGCAAGGCGAGCUAGCGCAGACCAAGCUGGAGGCGGCCAAGGUGCCAUCGCUGCGGGAGCAGCUGGCAGAAAAGGAGCGGGCCCUGCAGGAGUAUGAGAGCAGCAAGGGGGCAGCCUUGGAAGAGAGGAAGAAGCUCCUGGAAGAGAGGCAGAGACUGACAAGUCAGGUGGACGAGCUGAAUAAAAAGCUGACUCAGCAUGAGAAGGCCACCUGGACCCAGCAGCAGAGAGUUAAGGCACUGGAAGGGGAGCUGCAGACAGCAGUCAGAAGCCAUCAGGAGAAGAUGGCAGAGCUGCAGGUGCAGCUCACCCAGAAGGAGCAGGCAGCUGAGCACUACAAAGGGCAGAUGGAGAAGGCAAAAAGAGAUUAUGAUGCCAAGAAGCAGCAGAACCAGGAGCUAUCAGAGAAGCUGAAGGCCAUGGAGAACCUGCAGAAAGAGAACACAGAGCUUCAGAGCAAAUCAGAGAGGCUGGCCAAGGAGCUACAGCAGAGCAUCCUGCAGGCCAAGGAGUCUGAGAUGAGCUGCAAGAAUCUUACCAGCCAGAUCUGCAGCCUGGAAGCUCAGGUGCAGGAACUCAGCAAGUUCCAGGGGAAGACUGCCACAGUAAAGGGACAUGAGGCUUCCUUUGAGAGUGUGGCUGACCAGAGCACUGAUAGCCUCGAUGAGGCACAGCAGCUCAGCUCCUCCAGGAAGGCUACCAGCUCUCAGCUGGAAGUCUCAAUGGUGCCGUCAGACAGUGAAGAGUCAUUGCUGUCUCAGCGGCUGCCCCAGACCAAGUCAUCCCUGGAGAGUCUCUACUUUACUCCCAUCCUCUCUGAGACGCGCUCACAGCUCCAGAGCAGCGCCAACUUCCCGGCAGACUUCUCGCUGGACUCCGGCUGCAAGACCCGCUCUGCCCGGCGCCGCACCACCAUCAACAUCACCAUGACAGAUAAACAGGGAGAGCCUGAGGAACUGGCGCAGUCCACAAAAACAUCUUCCCCUGCUAAGGGCCGUCUGCGCUCAGGUGCCUCCACCCGCUCCCUCACCAGCUUCCCCUCCCAGGAAACCCUUGCAAAGCUGGAAGCCUCCUCCCCAGAGAAGAGCCCUGGCCAUUCAGUACUGCUGGGCCUCCCUGGGUACCGACCGGUCACGCGUAGCUCCCUGCGCUUGCAGCGGACCAGCAGCUCCAGCCUCGGCCAGAGCACCAUGCAGCUGGGCAUGUGCCAGGAUGAGCCGGAGCAGCUGGAUGACUGGAACCGCAUUGCAGAGCUGCAGCGGCGGAACCAGGCCCGCCCUCCCCACCUGAAAACCAGCUACCCCCUAGAGAGCAUGCCCUCCACCUCCUUGGGAACCAUCACGGAUGAGGACGUGAAGAUGGGAGACCCGGAAGAGACGCUGCAGCGUGGCAGAAGGCAGUCCUCCCAGCCCAUGGCCGCCAGCAGCCAGUGCAGCAGCCAGGCCGGCAGCAUCACCACCCGGCAGCGGAGGAAGCGCCUCUCGGAGGAGACCCACCAGGGCCCUGACACCCCCCCGUCCAAGAAGCCAACCAGCUGCUUCCCACGGCCCCAGAGCUCCCAGGACCGCGGUGCACAGAGUGGCUCCCAGGCCAGUCAAGACAGCGAGCAGCGAGCCCCAGCCACACCAGCUCGGAGGCGCCAGUCGAUGGCGUUCAGCAUCCUCAACACCCCCAGGGAGCUGGGGAGGCGCCUGCUGCGCCGGGCCAUCGCCCAGAGGGGCACUCCCACAUCCUCCAGCGGCACCCGCCGCUCGUCCCGCAUCGCCACCGCCAAGUCCCCAAAGGGCAAGGCCAGUCGCCAGUCGCGCACGGACAAGCGAUCCUGAAGUUUCCCCAGUCCCUGCGUGCUGGCUCUGCCCUGGCCUCCCACCUGCACCCUCUCUUCCUGCCCCUCCAGGGCCCAGGAGCACUGAGGAUGAACAGGUGGGGCCACCCACACGACUGCCAUGCAUAUCCCAGUGAAAACUGUGAGGUGCCCUGGGCACGGCAAGGCCCCCUUGCCCUUCCUGUAGCCAUUGUCAUCCUAAACCCUUCCGGGACCCAAGGCAGGGGGAUGCACAGAGGUUGAGGGCUGGAAACACACAGGGGUGCAGGGGCUGGCACCAGGCUGCAGCUGGAGGGGCUGAGCUCUCCCCAGAGAUAUUCUGCAGCCUCAGGUACAGGGACAGAGGUGAAACUUAGCAUCCCUCGGGCCACCACCUUUGCUCCCUGUGUGUGGGACCCUCCCAACCUGCCCGGUCCUCCUGCUCCUCCCAGGGAAGCUGAGGCAGCAUUUUUAAAUGUUUCUACUUGUAAAUAAAGUGUAUUUUUCACCUGC